GAGGCUCUCUCCCCUCGGCGUCAUCCCAGUUCGUUGCGCAUCAUGCCCGCAAUCGCUUCAGAGACUUCCAAGCGGAAAGCGUCGGAGGAGGCGCUCUCCCCAGAUUCCCAGCAGCGGAGCAAGAAGGCGCGCACUGACUCCCCCGACAAGGAAUCCAAGACCGACGAUGAACUUUUGGAUAAGCCGCCGCGAAUUGUCCCCUUCCCGGAGAAGCCUGCAGUGCUCGAAGAACGUCGUGGUGAAAUCGAAUUUCGCGUGGUCAACAACGAUGGCUCUCGCGAUAGCUUUGUCGUUCUCACAGGCCUCAAAUGUAUCUUCCAGAAACAGCUCCCGAAAAUGCCAAAAGACUAUAUCGCGCGACUGGUCUACGAUAGGUCGCAUCUUUCCUUGGCCAUCGUCAAGCAUCCACUGGAAGUUGUAGGGGGAAUCACAUACCGGCCGUUCAACAGUCGCAGAUUCGCCGAAAUCGUCUUCUGCGCCAUCUCUUCCGACCAGCAAGUCAAGGGAUAUGGUGCGCACCUGAUGUCUCAUCUCAAGGAUUACGUCAAGGCGACAUCGGACAUCAUGCACUUCUUGACCUACGCCGACAACUACGCCAUUGGAUACUUCAAGAAGCAGGGAUUUACGAAAGAGAUUACGCUUGACAAGUCUGUGUGGAUGGGUUAUAUCAAGGAUUAUGAGGGCGGUACCAUCAUGCAGUGCACAAUGCUUCCUAAGAUACGGUACCUCGAGGUCGGCCGCAUGCUUCUGAAGCAGAAAGAAGCUGUCCACGCGAAGAUCCGCGCCUUCAGUCGCUCGCAUAUUAUCCAUGUGCCGCCAAAGGAAUGGAAGAAUGGACCCUGUAAAAUCGACCCAUUGAGUAUUCCGGCCAUCAAAGAAUCGGGGUGGUCACCGGACAUGGAUGAAUUAGCACGUCAACCACGCCACGGACCAAACUACAACCAAUUACUGCAUCUCCUCAACGAUAUGCAGAACCACAGUGCGGCGUGGCCAUUCACUCAACCGGUCAAUCGUGAUGAGGUGCCUGAUUAUUAUGAAGUCAUCAAGGAGCCCAUGGACUUGUCCACAAUGGAAGAGAAACACGAAAAGGACAUGUAUCCGACGCCGCAGGACUUCAUCAAAGACGCCAUGCUGAUAUUCGAUAACUGCCGGAAAUACAACAACGAGAACACACCCUAUGCAAAGAGUGCCAAUAAACUCGAAAAAUUUAUGUGGCAGCAGAUACGAAAUAUACCCGAGUGGUCGGUAAGGGAUCUGCUUCCGUACUAUAUUAUUCUGCAUCUGUUCCUUGCCUGCUAACAUGCCACAGCAUUUGGCCGAUGGCCAUUGAUAGGCGAUGGUGAACUUUGCGAGCAUGCUGAAGCUUUCGGAUGGCGUUUCGUUUCCUGUGGCAUGAACAAAUACCCCGGUGUUGAGAAUAUGGUGCA